AUGCCUCGCCUCUCGAAGCAAACCACCCGCCAGAUGCAAACUGGCAACCCCUCUCUGGGUUCCAGGACCCCGUCCCCCCAGCGACAAGGACGUGGGCGCAACUUCCGCGCCCCCGAACCUCCCCUACAGGGCGCCAACCCUGUGCCAUCACGAACCCACGCUCGGGUUAAGAAGCAAUCCAAGAGGCAGGACCGGCAAAGGUCCUCGUCUUCUGACGAGUCAUCCCCCCGCAGAUCCAAGGUCAAGCUUUGCAACAUCUGCCAUAAAAACGUGUCCAGCAACGCGUUCGCGGACCACAUCAAGGUCCACAAACUCCUGUCCGACGAGCAUGGCGUCAGGGCCGCCCGUCCUUGCAAUGGCUGCCUCUCCAAGGGCCGUGACUGCCGCGUUGCUCGCGUCCCAGGAGCAAAAGGUCUGAAGACAUUCCGCUGCAGCCACUGUCUCAAGUACCAUGAGAGCUGCUCAUACAUGGAGGAGCUGCGCAGCCAGAACACUUCGGCCCUCCAGGUCCAUCCAGCGGCGGAGCACGCCAACCCUCCUGAACUCGGUAACUCGUCGGGUUCAGAGUUCUCGGAAACUUAA